GGGGGCGGGAGGGGGGGUCUGCUCCAUCACGUCGACCCGCUGACCAGCGGAUUGGGUCGAAACUCAUGUAGAACCAUGACCGCGAUGGAAGGGGCGACCGGGUCGAGUUUUGGAAUAGACACGAUUUUAUCUAGCGCCAGUUCAGGCAGCCCCGGCGUGAUGAGCGGAGACUUUCGUCCUCACGGCGAUGUCAGGACAGCGGAUUUUCGCAACCAGGCCACCCCGUCCCCUUGUUCGGAGAUCGAUACAGUAGGGACGGCGCCUUCUUCUCCCAUCUCCGUCACCCUGGAGCAUCCCGAGCCGCAUCUGGUCCAGGACGGCCUCCAGACGCAUCACCUCGUCCAUCACAGCCAGCAGCAGUCCCCGCCACAAAGUUUGCUGCAGUCUCCCCAGCAGACGCCGCCGCAACAGCCCAAGCAACAGCAGCAGCAGCAGCAGCAGCAACAGCAGCUUGGAUCGGCCGCCUCGGCUCCCAGGACUUCCACCUCUUCUUUUUUAAUUAAAGACAUUUUGGGCGACAGCAAACCGCUGGCGGCCUGCGCGCCUUACAGUACCAGCGUCUCCUCUCCCCAUCACACCCCCAAACAAGAAGGGAACGCAGCCAGCGAGAGCUUUAGGCCCAAACUAGAGCAGGAGGACGGCAAAACCAAACUCGACAAGCGCGACGACACGCAAAACGAUCUCAAAUGCCACGGAACAAAGGAGGAAGGCGAUCGGGAGAUUACAAGUAGCAGGGAGAGUCCUCCCGUGCGGGCCAAGAAGCCUCGGAAGGCGAGGACGGCCUUCUCGGACCAUCAGCUCAACCAGCUAGAGAGGAGCUUCGAGCGUCAGAAGUACCUAAGCGUUCAGGACCGCAUGGAUCUAGCGGCCGCGCUCAACCUCACGGACACCCAGGUCAAGACCUGGUACCAGAAUCGGAGGACGAAGUGGAAGCGGCAGACGGCGGUGGGUCUGGAACUGCUGGCCGAAGCCGGCAACUAUUCCGCCUUGCAGAGGAUGUUCCCUUCGCCCUAUUUCUACCACCCGAGUCUGCUGGGCAGCAUGGACAGCACCACGGCGGCGGCGGCGGCGGCUGCCAUGUACAGCAGCAUGUACCGGACUCCCCCGGCGCCUCACCCCCAGCUCCAGAGGCCCUUGGUGCCCCGGGUCCUCAUCCACGGGCUGGGGCCCGGAGGGCAGCCGCCUCUCAAUCCUUUGGCCAACCCUCUCCCGGGCACCCCGCAUCCCCGGUGAAGAGCGUAGCGCUGCCCCUGCGCCUCCCCCCGCCCCCCAAUUCCCUUGCCCCCCUCCACCAUCGCUCGCUCAUCCACCUCCCUUCCAUGAGCCAACCGACCAUCCAACAAACCCAUCCAUCCACCCAGAUGCCAACCUAUCGACCAACCCAUUCACUCACCCAGAUGCCAACCGACCAACCGAUCGACCAAGCGACCCCUCCGCUCACCCGGACGCCAACCGACCAACCGAUGGAGCAACCAACCCAUCCACUCACCCAGACGCCAACCGAUCGACCAACUGACAGAUUCAUCCACUCACCCAGCCGAUAACUAACCAACCAGCCCAUCCACCCACCCACCAAACCAAUCAGCAGACCCAGCGAGGAGAAAGAACGGAAAGAAGAGAAAGAGGAGGGAGAGAAGAAGGAGAAAAAGGAGGAGAGGAAGAAGCUAACAAGUGGGGAAAAGAGAGCAGUGACGCCCCCUUCCCACUCCUUCCCCAGCCUCGAGGCGGGGGCUGGAAAAGUUUCCCUCUGAGCAGUGUGACUCUUGAAACACGGACCCACACGGGGUGUGAGUACUAGUAAGUGACAAUAACAAUAGCCACAGCGACGACAAACGAAAGAAAACAAAAAAAAAAAAAACAAAACCUCAAGUUCUUGUUAAAAUGAUUUAGGGACAGCAGAAGGGAGGGAGGGGGAGGGAGGGAGAGUGAGUCAGAGAGAAGAGAACAGUGAGUGAAGGACAGAGGCGGAGACAGACAGACCAGAAACUCUGAGAGGCAGAGGGCUAUUCACAGAAGGACUUCGCCCCUGCUCCAGAGAAAAGACGAGGGUGACCCAGAACUUUGCACUGAUUUCUCAUGACCUUUUUUCUUUUGGAAAAGUGGCAUGCUCCAUAAUAUUAAAAAUGUACAUUUGAAAGACUGAGUGAUAAGUGAUAUAUCAUAUUUAUUAUAUGUUGUCCAAAAAAGAUUCACUUAUAUACGUUAGUAAAUACAUGAUUUUUUCCUUUUCAUGUCUUUUUGAUUCAGUAAAAUAAAUGCUUAGAUGAAAAA